AUGGGCUUUGCGGGAGGAAGAGUUAGUGUUAAGCGCCUCAACACUCGCAUGACUCAUUAUACACCUUUGGCCACUUUUCUGACACAGUGCAAUCACGACGUGAAAUUCAUCGGCUCUGGAAAGGACACAAAGGCGUCCAUGUACUAUAGAGUCAGUGUUAAGCGCCUCAACGCUCGCAUGACUCAUUAUACACCUUUGGCCACUUUUCUGACACAGUGCAAUCACGACGUGAAAUUCAUCGGCUCUGGAAAGGACACAAAGGCGUCCAUGUACUAUGUCACUGAGUACAUCACGAAGCCUCCUCUUACAGUUCACGCAGGGUUGGCUGCCCUCUCAUAUGCCAUACGGCACUAUGUCAGAAUUGGAAGGCGGACAGUGGAUGUGAAAGCAGCAAGAUGUCUAAGAAACAAUCAUGGUAUCAAGACCGUAGGAGACCUCCGGUGGGACACUGGGAACCAAAACUGCCAAAACGCACCUGCGUGCGCGGCAAUGAAGGACGCGCUGAUGAGUAGGGUAUCAAACAAAAUGAACCCGACACUACAGACACCACGAAAAGAUGGACUAGACAUGACACCAAGAACAAAAAAGAAAGAGAAAUCCAAGGACCUGAAAUCAGAAGGGAGAAGAGUAGACCCAAAUGUAACAGAAACGGGACACCCAAGGAAAGCGAUAAGGAUAUUUACAAAGGGCCAAAAAUAUAUCACAGGGAAGGAAGAGAGAUUAACAACUCGCCCGGCCAGGAGAAUGAAAGGAUCAAGACAUACUUGGACUGUGUCCAUAACAGUCAAAAAACAACUAUCACACGACGGAAGCACUAUACAAGUGGGAAUAGCGAGAGACGGAACGACAAAGUCAACAGAAGGAUACUACUUUAAAUAUGACGGAAACGUAGAAGGAGGAGAAAUCUUAGCCAUAAGGGAACAAAUAGAAGCCAAAGGAGAGAUCACGAUCAGAACCCAAAAUAAGAGGAUCAUAGAGGUUUUAACGGACAAACUAGAAGAGAUAGAAGACUCCGAUUGGGUAGACAUGGAAAAUGUAAGAGAAUGGAAAAGCCUAGUAAGCACAAUAAGAAGAAAGGGCAAUGCAGUACACUUCGAGUGGAUUACUAAGGACACAAGGACCCAUUUGGACGAGAUUGCUAAACGGGAAAUGGAAAGAGAAGACCUACCAGUGAGAGAACCAAACCAUAAGACAUACAAUAGGGAAAGAGAACAGAAAGAGAGAACAAGACGGGAAAAAGAAACAGAGGGAACGAGAAGAGAAAUGGGAUGGGACAAAUCAAGCGAAAGAACCAUAAGAACAAGCCUAUGGAAAGGUCCUUUCACGAACAAGCAUAGCGAUUUCAUCUGGAAAAUAAGGAACGAUCGAGUAAAAUGUGGUAAAUUCUUCCUGCACAUGCCCGGUUGGGAAGAUAAGGCGUACUGCACCUGUGGAGAUAUCGAGUCAGUAGAACAUAUCGUCUUGAAAUGCAGAGACAAUAGGUGCGAGGAAGCAUGGAACAUGGCCGGACAGCUAUGGGAAAGAGCACAUGGGAAGGAGAAUUUCAAGAAACCCACAAUUGCCACCAUUGAAGCCAUACCAGUAGUAACCAUAAAAAAGGAUGGGAAGGAAUCCAAGGAGAUGACAGAAAUGUACAAAGUACUAAUAAUGGAGACAGUGUGGGCACUGUGGUGUCAACGGAAAUCGGUACUGGACAAGAUAAACGAUAGGGUAACGAUAGACAUUUUCAAAUUAAAACUGAGCGAUGCAUGGCACGUAGAUAAGGAAAAAACCAAGGCGAAAUGGGGGAAUCUAGUAAGGGAGGAAAACAACGAACUGGUACCCCAAGUAUUGCCCUAA